CAUUGCUUUGGUGUAAAUAUGAAAAUACGAGUGACAGAAAACCAUAGCAGAAAACGUGGUAAAACCAAACAAACGAAUCCCAAAAUAAAGUAGAUACACUUUUCAUGAGUUCAUCUAAUCAUGGCGAAAAAAGCAAGCCGCAAAGAGCUUGCUGAGUCCAUAUUUUACGAACCUUUACCUGUCGAUGCUCGUAUUACUCUGGAACAACAAUCACAUAUAUUGGGCUCAACUACUAAAAAUUUAAACAAAGAUGAAAAUUUUCUGAUUGAGUACAUGAAGCCUAAAACUGUAGCAGACACAGAGGAAUUGACCGUUCAGUUUAAAAAGAACUUUCCCUUGAAGAAUAACAAGACUCUGAAGGAUAAUAAGAGUAAACGAACAAAAAAGAAGCUUCUCACUUCGAUUGAGAAAAGAAAACUUGGCCUCCAUAAGUUGCCAAAAACAGGCAUAAAAUAUGCAUCAUUAGCCCCAUUGCACCAAUUGUGGGUAGAGUACAUGGAAAAUAAUCUAAAUUUGGAAAUAAGUGCUACUGGAGCCAAUAAGGAUGGGCUGUAUCAAAAAAUUGCAAAGGCUGACUAUCAUGGGUGUUUGCUCAUGGUAACAAGGUCCAAGUGCCCAUCUUAUAUUGGUGCAAAGGGCAUUGUUGUACAAGAAACCAAAAACACCUUUCAAAUCAUUUGUGAGGAAGAUAAGCUCAAAAUUAUUCCCAAGAGAGACAGUGUAUUCACGUUCAACAUUAGCAGGUGGACUUUUACAUUGUUUGGUAAUCAUAUGAACAUCAGACCUAGUGAAAGGGCAUCAAGGAAAUUUAAAAGUCGGCCGACUAUAGAUCUGUGAUUUUUUGUUAAGAAUAAAAUUGGGAAUAACUUCUGGAA